CAAAAGCACGCACACAUCAUUACGUCCCCGAACAACAAGCUUAUUAUGGAUUCAUUAUUAUUAUUAGCAGGCCAGCUUUGACCCAGAAAUUAAAUGUUCCUGCCAUUUGGCCCCCUUCGCACCUUCUCGUCUUAACGUGAUUAUUCCAUCAGCCAAGGAGAAUUGUGUCUUAAAAGUGUAGAUGGACACACACUGACCCCACUCGCCUACCAUGGAGCAGCUGCCUUGCAAGCGGGACGACAGAGGCCCCUCCACGGGGUCCGAGGAGGGGGCGGCAGCGGCCAAAGGGACCUGCUCCAAAGUUUACGAGUGGUUGCCGAAGGCGUACAGGGAAGAACUUUUCGAGGUGUUAAAACUCACGGGGCCGCUGCUGCUGUUUCGGAUUCUGAACUUCUUGCUGCCUCUUGUCAUCACCAUCUUCUGUGGUCACAUUGGCAACGCAGAGCUGGCUGGAUACGCUCUGGCAUCAGCGACCAUCAACGUGAGCACCACGGCGAUGGUGGAGGGCCUGACGCUGGCUUGCGACACACUCAUCUCUCAGACGUUCGGCAGCAAAAACCUGAAGCGUGUGGGCAUCAUUCUGCAGAGGAGCUGGCUCAUCCUGCUGCUCUUCUGCUUGCCCUGCUGGGCCGUGCUCAUCAACGCGCAUCACAUCCUGCUGCUCAUGCACCAGGACCGCCAGGUUGCCAGGAUAGCACACAUCUACAUGAUGGCCUUUCUACCCGCUGUUCCUGCCAUGUUUUUGCAUCAGCUGCAGGUGGCCUACCUGCAAAAUCAAGGCAUCAUUCUGCCUCAGAUGUACACGGCGGCGGUGGCCAACGUUUUAAACUUGGCGCUCAACUACGGCCUGAUCGUCCUCUUGCAGUUGGGUAUCCUCGGCUCGGCGGUGGCGAACAGCCUGACUCACAUUAGCAUCUGCCUGUUCCUUUUCGCCUACAUCCGAUGGAAGAAGCUCCACCAGGCCACGUGGAGCGGCUGGUCCACAGAGUGCCUGCAGGACUGGGGGUCCUACAUGAAGCUGGCGGUGCCCAGCACCUUCAUGAUGUGCUUUGAGUGGUGGAUCUGGGAGAUCGGGGGCUUCCUCGCUGGCGUUCUGGGCGAGGUGGACCUGGCAGCCCAGCAUGUGAUGGUGGAGAUCUCAGCCAUCACCUACAUGUUUCCUUCGGGUAUCCAAGCAGCUGCCUGUGUGCGCGUGGGCAACGCCCUGGGAGCAGGGGACACCGCCCGCGCCAUAAUCACCUGCAAAGUGGCUCUGACUAUAGCAGGACUGCUCGCCGUGUUCCAGGGUGUGGUCAUCGCCAGCUCCAAGUUCGUCCUGGGCUAUGUCUUCACGUCGGACCACAACAUUGUGGCCAUCGUGUCCGACAACCUGACCAUCUACACUUUUCUACAAUUCUUCGACUCCAUUCUGUGCGUCUGCUCGGGAAUCCUGGUGGGCUGCGGAAUGCAGAAGAUCGCUGCCGUGUCCAACCUGGUGGGCUACUACUUCAUCGGCCUGCCAGUAGGGGUCGCCCUCAUGUUUGCAGCCCGCCUCAGGAUAUUUGGCUUGUGGCUCGGUCUCCUGACCUGCGUUUGUCUCGAGGCGUCUUUCCUCCUCAUUCUCAUCUUCAAAAUGAACUGGAGAAAAGUCACACAAAAGGCUGAAGUGCGAGCUGGGAAGAAUGUCCUGGUGACAUCAAAGCGUGGCGUGUCGGAUGAGGCGAAGGAGGACGACAAAAAAGCUUCCAGAAGCGGCGACGGCACUGGCAGGCCGCUGUCAGUCACUCAGCUCGUGUUGAGAAGAGGGCUCGCCGUCUUUGCCGCGGUGACCGUUUUAGCGGCCGGCGUCAUCACGCGUGUCGUGUUCCCGGUACCGGAAAUGUCAACAUGGAGUAAUUUUACACAAAGCUGGGCCAACAACUCCGCCCCCACGCCGACUGUUUGGACUGAGCAAAACCCAUGAUGUCAGAACAGAGCUCGACCUCUGAACCUUUGUUGCCAGGCAGAAUUCACAGCCCUCAAUCAUAAGAAGUGUAGAAUAUGUUGGCCACGCCCACCAGGCUGUUUGACGCACAAACGGCAAACUAAAAUAAUAUAAAAACCUUUUCCAGCUGAGAUGCAUUAAUGCAAAUGGAAGGAUGUGGUGGUAUUUUUGUACAUCAGAGAUACUAAAACAAUACAAUAUAUGCUAAACCAUCUGAACAUAUCAUCCAUAUAUUUGUGUUAUCAAUAACAAAAGAAUAUUCUACGUAAUUUUGCUCUAAAUAAAGCAUUUUCGAGCAUACCGUAAUGGCUAUUAAGCCAUUCAUAUGUUUUUAGUUCAUUAGAACUACAAAUAUCAAUACUAUAAAAGUAUUGGGACACUAGACAGUAACAUGCUAAAAGUGUGCAAGCUUUUGUUUUGACAAUUUUGCAGACAACUCACUCUUAUAACUGUUAAUGUGCUAACAUUAACUUGCAAACUUUUUUUUUUAGCAAAUUUUGAAGCCCAUAUCAACGUUAACAUUCUAGCAUAUUGACAUUAGCAUGCCAACUUUUUUAGCCAAUUUUACAGCCGAACACCUCAGAGUUUAUAACUUCGUACUUGAGACCUUGUGUCCCUAACGGUAACAUGCUAAAAUUGUGCAAGAUUUUUUUUCGCCAAUUUUGCAUACAACUCCGACUCCUAUAACUUGGUAACUGUUAACGUGCAAACAUUAACUUGCAAACUUUUUUUUAGCACAUUUUGAAGCCCAACACGGUCAUAUAACUUGGUACUUGUCACAUGCUAUUAUAACGUGCCGGCUGGAAUAAACACACGCUGAGAAAUAGCUCCGUGCCUGCCUACUUUAUGGGUUAUAGAUAAACCUAUGGAUAACGGAGACAUAUAUUAUAGUCUCCUUUUCAGGUGAGAGACGACGCUAAAGGCAUAUAAUAUAGUUGUCCGGCUGGAAGUCGGGAGAUUUUCGGGAGAAUGGUUGUCCCGGGAGAUUAUCGUGAGAGGCACUGAAAUUCGAGAGGGUUGAUGAAUGGAUGGUCAGCGCCUGAGAGCUGCGGCCGACCAUCA